CCGAUCCCGGCCGGCAUGAUGUGCCUGGAAUGCGCCUCGGCGGCGGCGGGCGGCGCGGAGGAGGAGGAGGCGGACGCGGAGCGGCGGCGCCGGCGCCGGGGGGCGCAGCCAGGGGCCGGCGGUGGCGGUUGCUGCGGGGCACGGGGCGCGGGCAGCGCUGGAGGAGUCGUGGCCGCCGCCGAUGAGGUGCAGACGCUGUCGGGCAGCGUGAGGAGGGCCCCGUCCGGACCUCCCAGCUCCCCGGGCACCCCCAGCUGCGCAGCCGCUUCCAAGGGCCCCGGCGCGCAGCAACCCAAACCGGCCAGCUUGGGCCGCGGGCGAGGGGCAGCCGCUGCCAUCCUCAGCUUGGGUAACGUGCUCAACUAUCUGGACAGGUACACCGUGGCAGGAGUCCUUCUGGACAUCCAGCAGCACUUUGGGGUCAAGGACAGAGGUGCCGGCUUGCUGCAGUCAGUGUUCAUCUGUAGCUUCAUGGUGGCUGCCCCCAUCUUUGGCUACCUGGGUGACCGCUUCAACAGAAAGGUGAUCCUCAGCUGUGGCAUCUUCUUCUGGUCGACCGUCACCUUCUGCAGCUCCUUCAUCCCGCAGCAGUACUUCUGGCUGCUUGUCCUGUCCCGGGGUCUGGUGGGCAUCGGCGAGGCCAGCUACUCCACUAUUGCACCCACCAUCAUCGGCGAUCUCUUCACCAAGAACACGCGCACACUCAUGCUGACCGUCUUCUACUUUGCCAUCCCACUGGGCAGCGGCCUGGGCUACAUCACCGGCUCCAGUGUGAAGCAGGCGGCUGGAGACUGGCACUGGGCCUUGCGGGUGUCCCCCAUCCUGGGCAUGAUCACAGGAACCCUGAUCCUUGUGCUGGUCCCAGCCACCAAGAGGGGCCAUGCAGACCAGCUUGGAGGGCAGCUCAAGGUUCGGACCUCAUGGCUCCGGGACAUGAGGGCCCUCAUCCGGAACCGUAGCUACGUCUUCUCGUCCCUUGCCACGUCGGCCGUGUCCUUCGCCACAGGCGCCCUGGGCAUGUGGAUCCCACUCUAUCUGCACCGUGCCCAGGUUGUGCAGAAAACAGCAGAGACCUGCAGCAGCCCUCCCUGUGGGGCCAAAGACAGCCUCAUCUUUGGGGCCAUCACCUGCUUCACGGGCUUCCUGGGUGUGGUCACGGGUGCAGGAGCCACACGCUGGUGCCGCCUGCGGACGCAGCGAGCCGACCCGCUGGUGUGCGCCGUGGGCAUGCUGGGCUCUGCCAUCUUCAUCUGCCUGAUCUUUGUGGCCGCUAAAAGCAGCAUCGUGGGUGCCUACAUCUGUAUCUUUGUUGGGGAGACACUGCUGUUUUCUAACUGGGCCAUCACCGCGGACAUCCUCAUGUACGUGGUCAUCCCCACCCGUCGGGCCACUGCUGUGGCCUUGCAGAGCUUCACCUCCCACCUGCUGGGGGAUGCGGGAAGCCCCUACCUCAUUGGCUUUAUUUCCGACCUGAUCCGUCAGAGCACCAAGGACUCCCCGCUCUGGGAGUUCCUGAGCCUGGGCUAUGCGCUCAUGCUUUGCCCCUUCGUGGUGGUCCUGGGGGGCAUGUUCUUCCUUGCCACCGCGCUCUUCUUUCUCAGCGACCGUGCCAAGGCUGAGCAGCAGGCGAACCAGCUAGCCAUGCCGCCUGCAUCCAUCAAAGUCUAAGGCGGUGCUGCUGGGACCAUGAGGACCCCACACUCCUACCUGCCCUGGGAGGACCUGCUGGGCUUUCCCAGGGCCUCCUGCGGGCCCCAUGGCAAGGGUCCCGCCCUGUUCGGCUGCGGACUGCCGAGUGGCCCUGGCUGCAAGAGCUCUCAGUUAACCAGGAUGGUUAUGUGUGCUGGAGCCACACAGCCGGACGGACUGCUGGCUUUGGGUCUGGGUCCCAGAGCCCCUGGAGCCAAAGAUGGCUUUCAGUGGGAUCUUCAGGAGAGGCUGGCCUGCUGCCAGCCUCGGGCAAGUCCCUGCCCUCCCCAGAGCGUGGGGCCAGGGGACUGGACUUCCCCAUACAGAUCGCUGGCCAAGGGACUCUAUGCAGAUGGGAAGACACACAGGACCAUGGAGCACACGGGGAAGGGUUGAGGGCCCAGGACCCAGGGUGGAGGUUCAGCUGCUGAGGCCUCCCUACCCUGGUGCAGGAAGCUGGACGCUCAGCAGGCAAAUGGAGCUAGUAUUAGUCAGUUGUCUCAGCUUCCCUGGCCAGCUCUCAGCCUACAGGGUAGGUGAAGCCCCAGUGUCAGCUAUAUACCACCCAGACCCCAGGUGAGAGCAGUACCCCCUGCCUGGCCCAUGGCCUCAAUAGCACCUUCCCUGUGCCCCCAACAACUCGAUGCCAGGAGCCCACCGCUUCCCCUAGGCUGAGCCAAACUUUUCCCAAGGGCAGGGCCGAGGGGACCAUUGCUAGAAUGGUCAGGACUCUGGCUGUGGGAGGAAGUGGCUCUCUCUCCAGCUUCCUGCCAGAGAAUGUGCUUCAUGGAGGCCCACGUGGAAGGGCCAACACCCCCAGCCACCUCCACCCAAUCGCCGGCUGCUGUAGCUGCUGCUGCACAUGGACACACCCCACGACUUCCCCAGCUAGCAGACGCUGCGGGCCAGGCCUUCACCUCGCUCCCAUCUGCACCCACCCAGACCCUUAGGCCGCAGAGCCACGUACCAGGGUGCAGCUGCCAAGCUCUCACCAGCCCCCCGCUCUACACUUUUGCUGCCGCAAGGUGGUUCUGGUCUAGGGGUGCCCUUGUGGCCACAAGACCCCCAACAACUGGCUUGGACAGUGCUCUUUGCCCCUUAGCAACUGGCCAGCUGUGACUUCAGUGGUGUGCAAGCUAGUGCCCACCCCCUUCCCAUCCUCCACCUUGCCAUGCUCUGGGGUGCCCUGGGG